AUGGCCUCAGGAAGACUAAUCAAGCUCGUGGUAUUUGAGCUGCUGGAGUUUGCUGCCUUCUCCAUCCCCACGCUGGUGAUCGUGGAGCAGUUUGCCACUGCCUAUCAGAGCUCGAGGAACAGAGCAGAAAAAACUCAUUAUUGGCUCAUCGUUUCCUGUUCGAUUGCCUAUGUGGCUUCAGUGAGUCUAUUGAUUUGGGUUCCGAUAAAAGUUCUCUUAUACAAGAAACAUCAUCUUGCAAAAAGAAUUAAAGGAUGGAGACCUGUUAUGAUGAUGUGUGUAGUACUCACCACACUCCCCAGCUUCAGCUUUUCUAUAGCAGUGACAGAGGUUCAAAAGAAUAUUAAUGGUUCCAUUAAUAACUUACCUGACACCUUACCUGACCUGCCAGUCUCUCUGGUCCUGACUUCCUUGAUUGUGGUUGACAUUAUUGAACAACUCAGGACAUAUCCUCUUAGAGGGAGACAAAAGAGUGAUGAAGACAGACGCAUCCAUGCCGCCACGUUGCAACAAGUGACAACUGUGACGCGUGACGGGAGGCAAAAUGAAGGAAGCCCUGCAACCCCGCAGCCGGCCCCGAGGACCCCGGCAUCACUGGCACCAGCAGCCACCACACAGGGCCCUGCCCCCCGGCUGAUGGGGCCCCAGGAGCUCUCCUUCCAGCCCGGGAUCCUGAGAGCCAUGUCCCGGCGGGACGUGCGCGCCGAGAUCUUCGCGUGGAGCUUUGUGGUGUGGGCCGACACCAUCGAGAUGGUGCGUGUGGCCGGCCACCACGCCGUGUACAAGUCAGCCUGGCUCUUCCCAGUCUAUCUCUUCAGCUUCAUCUCCCUCCUUCGAAUGGUGCUCACUCCCCAGAACCCUCUCCUGAACUCCCUGGGCAUCGUCCUGCAGGAUUUACCCUUUAUUUUUGUCAGACUGGGUUUAGUCAUCGACCUGGGGACUAUCACGCCUGUAUUGGGCCUUUGUAAAAACAUCCUGGUGACCCUCUCUUAUAUUUACUUCAAUUAUUUAACCAAAUUCAGGGUUUUCUCAACCUUUGAAUUGUCUUCAUUUUAA